AUGCUGAACCUCAAUCUUUCAGGAUUGGUCAAUGUAUUCAGACUCUUGGCGAAACCCUCGUUAUGCUUGCCUCACUCAACAGCCUCGACUUUCAAUGACCUGCCAGUGCCAUUGAACACGGCGUUUGAGGGGAAGAAGGUGGAAAUCAAAGCAGUAGUCCUCGACAAAGACGAUUGUUUUGCGUAUCCCGAAACCAACCAGAUUCAUCCCCCUUACCUUGAACGAUUUCGACAACUUCAAAAGGAGUUCCCUGGGCACAAACUUCUGAUAGUUUCCAACACAGCCGGUGCCACAUCAUAUGACCGGGAUCACAACCUAGCCGCCGAGCUGGAGGGUGCCACCGAUGUCUCGGUCCUCCUGCACAAGGUGAAGAAGCCAGGUUGCAAGGAUGAAAUCAUGGCGCAUUUCAAGAAGCACCCGGAGACUCAAGUGACGCAUCCCAGCCAGAUUGCCAUUAUUGGAGAUCGCCUCAUGACGGACAUGAUGCUUGCCAAUAUGAUGGGCAGCUGGGGCAUUUGGAUCAAGCAGGGCGUCGCACCCCUGAAAGAAAAGAGUAUCUUCGCCAGGUUCGACCUCCGUCUUGGUUCUUUCUUGUUGGCCCGUGGUUAUAAGCCAUCCGACCCUCAGAGCCCUUUCGAGUGA